AUGUCUGAAAAUGAUGUUAUAUUAGUAACAUCAUCCUAUGAUCAUACUUUUAUAUUUUGGGAUGCUACUACAGGACAAUUGAAAGAGGAGAUCAAUUACGGGGAAAAGGUGAUUGUAAAUAGAAUUGACAUCUCUCAAGACAAGAAGCAUCUGGCUGCGGGUGGCAACUUCUUUGCUUCUUACUACGAUGUGAUCUCUUAGAAGAAGUAGCCUGUUUAUGUUUACGAUGGAUAUAAGAAUAAUAUAACAGGAAUUGGAUUUUUGAAGGAUAGCAAUUUCUUUUAUACUUGUUCUGAAGAUGGAUAUAUCAGAAUCCAUGACCUUAGAUCAAAUAGUAAAUGAAUUCAAUAAUAACUUAGAUUUAUCACGAGAAUACUAGGAGAAGGAACCAUUAAAUACCAUAUGUUUGCAUCCAAAUGAGACUGAGUUGAUCGUUGGGGAUUAAAUGGGGAAUGUGAAGAUAUACGAUUUCUAGUAAAACAAGGUAAGAUUGAAAUUAUCUCCCUGUCCUGAAGUUGGUAUUAGAUCGAUAUCCAUUGCUUAUAAUGCUAGUCAAAUUGUAGCUGCUGAUUCAUAAGGAUAAUGUCAUACGUAUAUGAUGAAUAACAUGGACCUCACUGAACAGAGUUUGUUGUAUAAGUUUGAGGCUCAUCAAGAUUAUAUACUCAAGGCUUCAAUUUCUGCAGAUCUAAGAUAUUUGGCUACUUGCAGUGCUGAUAAAACCGUGAAAUUAUGGACUUUGAAUGAGAAAAAUUUAGGGAAUGACAAAUAUCCAAAAUGGGAAUUGUUUUCAACUCUUUAUGGUAGUCAAUAGUGAUCCAAUAUUUAUAGGUCAUGGCAAAUGGGUAUGGGAUUGUGCAUUUUCUUGUGACUCAGAGUAUAUCAUUACAGCAUCAUCUGACUUAACAACAAAAAUAUGGCAAACUGAUAGUGCUGCUGUGCUUAGAACUUUAAAGGGACAUAAAUAGGCUGUUACUAGUUUAUCAAUUAAUGAUAUAGCAAUUGAUUGA